AUGGCUGCGUCCCCGACCGCUUUGCGCAUUUACGAGCCCAGCUACGUGGACCUGCUGGAUGUGAACGUGGACGCGGCGGCGGCGAAGAGCGCGCUCCGAGCGGGUUUUAACGGCGAGGCGAACCACGUGGCGGUCGUGAAACAGACGAAGUGGUGGACGGGCGGAACCGCGGGGGAGGGGGCGCGCGCCGCUGCUGCUGAAGAUCCUGCGGUCAGCGCGAGCGACGCGCAGUUCCCCGCCAAAGAGCGCCAGGAGAGCGCGCGCGCCAACGGGGACCUACACGACGAGGUGGACGACGACGAGGAGGAGGAGGAGGAGGAGGACAGCGACGAAGAUGGUGGCGACGACCUGGGGAGCGCGAACGAUUGUCUGAGCGUCAAGAGCAACGAGUCCGAACACGAGCUGCGCGUGCUGUUCGCCGAGGUGAUCGAGGACGAGUCGCACUACAUCACUACGCACGAGAUCCAGCUUUCCGAGCUCGACCACGACGCCGACUGCGACGUGAGCGCGUGCGCGAGCUGGGACGGCGAGGACGAACACCAGGUCUACACGUUCGUGGACUACGCGUCGUUUGAUCGCGAGGAGACUAUAGUGGAGGAGAACGAGCAGGAGGAGGAGGAGGAAGAAGAGGAGGAGGUGGUGGAGGAGGAGGAGGAGAGAGCGAGGGCGAAAAGCGACGAGGCCGAGAGCGCGCAGCCCGAGAUCAGGAGACAGAGCGGCGGUGAGAGCGGAAACGCCGCUGGGCGCGUUCACGUGGCCAUCAGGGCCACGGCCAGAGCCGUGAACGAGCCUGGAGGCGGGCGCGCCUUGAAGGAGGAAAGAGCGCGCGAGGGCGCUGCGUGCUUGAUCGCCGUGCCUGGCCGGCUGCACAUCGGCGGUGGCCGCUUGAAGGGGAGGGACGCGCACGAGCACUCGAGCGGUACGUCCAGCGCGGUCAGCGAGCUGGACGACGCCGACAAGGAGGUGCGCAACCUGACGGCGCGCGCCUUCCGCAGCCUCGCCUACCCGUACCCGUACGCGCUCAGCUUCAGCACAUCCAGCGAGUCGUCGGCGUCGGAACGCGGCAAAGGCGUGGGCUGCUGGUCUGCGCUCGUGGACUUCAAGUACGGCAAGAAGGCGCGCCCGGGGGAGCCUGCGGCGUCGGCGCGCGCGCAGCAGCCGCUCGGCGGCGGCAGGGAGGGUGACCGCGCUGCGGCGGCUGCGCUUUGGACGCGCGGCGGAGUGAGGGCGCCGCCCGUGGAGGUGUUCGCGCUGAACGGGAGUCUCGUGAGCGCCGACGGAGCGGCUGCUGCGUGCGGCGACAAGCUCGAGCUAGUGCUGCGGCGUGCAAGGCCCGCGCCGGACGGCAUGGAGGACACGCACCGGCGCGCCGCGCUCGCCUCGAGCCUGCUCAAAAGUGUGCUCGCCAAGAAGGUGCAGUUCGAGCGCGAGCGCAAGAUGGAGAGAGGCGAGAUCCACGAGCCGGAGAAAGCGGGCAAGGAGAAGCAGAGGGUGAGAGAGAAGGACAAGGAGAGGAGCGAGUCACGCCGGCAGAGCGAGUCGGACAUCAGCCUCGUGUGUUUAGACGAAUUGGCGGAGGUAGCGGACGGCGGCGGAUCGGCGCGCGAGUCUCCAGGCGAGGCUAAAAAAGGAGCGCGCGGGGGCGCGCUGCCCAGAAGCCAAAAUAGCGCGUUCAGGUCGUGGAGGGACGGCGAGUUUGGGUUUCACGAGGAGCGCGAGGGCAGCGGGAGCGAGAGCUCGAGCGGCAAGGCCACCAAAAUGUCGCGACUGUUCGUACCUAGCAUCCAGCUCGCGGGCGCAUCCAGGUCGAGCACGGCUGGGGAAGCGGGGCCGCGCGCAAUAACCUCCAAGCCUCCCGAGAUCAAAAUCAGCCUGCGCAGCGCCCGGGGCGACAAGAGCGAGCCGCCGUUAACUGUGGCCAACGCGCUAGCGGCAGCGCUCAGGACCGAGCCGUCCGAGCGCGUGCCGCACUUCACCGUGAGGGACGUGAGAGACAACAGCAAGGGCAAACUGCAAGCGCCCAUUCAUCAGGUGCGGGACGUGAGGAAGCUCGUGAAAAGCUCGUAUCACUUCGUGUCGCUGGAAGGGAACGAGAGCAAGAGCGCGGACGGGGAGCACAAAAUUUCCAAGCAGAGCUCACUGUUGAAGGGGAACCCAGCCUCACUCUCGCCCAUAGUCAUCAAGUGUCAGUCUGUGAACACAAACAGCAGCUCGAAGCAGAGUGGAAACUUCUCUGAGCCUUCCAAAUGUAAGCCAGCUGAGGAUGCACCAGAGCUUGACACGUCAUCUCCGCAGGUGCAAAAGGACGACAUUAAAAUUGGGAUAUUUCAAGUCCAUAAACCUCCUGUCCAAGUGACUUCAGCCAACAUUAAGCAAGAAGGGUCAUCUGGACUGAAAAUAGAGACGUGCAAGGCGACGAGGAAGCAAGACAAAGCAAGUGACAUGGAUGAGAGGAAGGCAGACACUAAGAUGGCAGCCCUGGAGAAGCUGCAGGCUGCGGUGAAGACCAUGGAGCAGCUCUAUGUGUUUGACAAAAAAGAGUGGAAGAGGAAAACUGAGCCCCAGGCCAUCAAGGACACCCAUCUGCUCUCGCUCAUUACUAGCGAGGAGCACGGAAAUUCAGAGGGAGAGCAGGGGGACACUGGCUCAGCCGCCAUGAGACGAGACUCAUACUCAAGAACUCCACCUGCUGGAAGACACCUGGUCCAAGCAGAGGUGCCCCUCAAAAAAGAAGAGAAAGGUAGCUUCAAGGUAUCACAUGCGCUGCUCAGCCGUGAGGAACGGAAUGGCCCCAAAACUGUGAUGCAUCUUGCAGGAAUUCCUGGUAAGAGCACAUCCAGCAUGAGCCUUGGUCAGAAAAUAUCAGCGCCAAUAACCGCAAGCUCUGUAAAGGCCCCACAGGUGCAUACUUCAUCGUCAGCAUCUCUUAAUGUUAAAGCUGUGACCCCUAAGUCUCCGAAGCUGCCAAUGUCUUUAAAGAUCUCCCAGCCAAAGUCUACAAUGGAGGAGAGGGAGCGGCCAAACGGCAACGAGGCUGGAUUCACCCCAGUGCAGUUUACCUCUUCUGCGGAUUCAGAGAGUUACUUGACCAUACCUGUGAAACCUGCCGCCAAGCAGCUUGCCUCGUCUAUAGAUAAAACCACUGUGUACACCUUCCCUUCUCCAGGCAGCAAGACCCAAACAGUCAGUCCUCCCGCACAUGUGGCACAUAGCGGUGAUGCCAAACAGCAUGAGAGUCAUCAGUCCCCAAAACGCUCCAGCAUCGUUAUGGAGACACGGCCCUUGGAUACCCCAACAGCCACCAUCUACCAUCACCCUCUGCCUCUUACCAUGCAAGCUGCAACACCUCAUGUUAUCUGCUUCUCUCCCACUGUGCAGCCUUCUCCAGUCCCCACUGAACACUUCCAGACCACGCAACGGAAGAUGCUUCUGGACCCCACUACUGGCAGUUACUACCUGGUGGACACUCCAGUGCAGCCAGCCACGAGGCGGCUGUUCGAUCCAGAGACGGGGCAGUAUGUAGAUGUCCCAAUGCCACAGCAGCCCCCAAUGACCCCUGUUCCCAUGCCCAUCUCUCCUCUGGCCCUCAGCCCCGGAGCUUAUGGUCAUACCUACAUGUUUUACCCAGGAUACAUGCCCACCACGGUGAUUCCAGCCAGGAUUCAGUCUCAGCUCUCUGUGCAGUCAGAGGUGGACACAGGAGACAAAGGUCAUGCGGCACAGCUGGGAGAUGGAGCCUACAUGGAGGGGCCUUACUACAUGCCCUCUGAGAAGUCUCUGCAGACACCUCCAGGUGUUCAAAAUGCCAGCUCCAGCAGAGUGGCCAGCGGGAAGCAGCCUGUCAUCAGCAUCACCUCUCAGCAGGGGCCCAGGAUCAUCGCGCCUCCCUCGUUCGACGGAACCACCAUGAGCUUUGUGGUUGAGCACAGAUAAGGCCACACACAAUGAGCUGCUUAUAGAUCAGCGCUUCAUCAUUUCCCAGAUUUGGUGUGUUUGUUUAUCUCCUUUAUUGACUUCUUAUGCGAUGUCCAUCACACUUUGGAACCCAUGGACUCCUUCAAUAACAACAACUGGAUCAUCUUUUUCGUUUUUCUUGAAUCAUCUUGGAUCUUGGAUCAUCUUACAUUUUCAUUUACUGUGGUUCUUAAUUGUUUCAUCUUUUUUUUUGUUUGUGAUGUGACUAUGCCAUGUCUAUUUCUUGGUAAGCUCUUGAAAAAUGGCUGGAAGUGCUUGA